CUGAUUCUUAAAAUGGACGUUUCGAGUCUGCCAAUUUCUCCAUCGCACCGGGGAAAGUUGAUAUCGGCCGGCUACUCUUCUCUCUCAUCUCUCUCCUCCCUGUCUCCUUCCCGUCUAGCCCUAGAUUUGAAGAUUUCAGAAAAUGAGGCGGUGGAGAUUUUGAAAGUAGCAUCUGUAAGGAGUGGGCAAGACAAAAUUGAGAGCGGAAGUCGUGCUCUUGUGAAUGGAGCACAGACGGCAUGGGAUAUGCUGCAUGAGGAGGAAUCUUCCAAAUGCAUCACCACAUCUUGCUCAAAUUUGGAUGAAAUCUUAAGUGGAGGAAUACAUUGUAAAGAAGUUACCGAGAUUGGAGGAGUGCCGGGCAUUGGCAAAACCCAACUUGGUAUUCAGCUUGCAGUGAAUGUCCAAAUCCCAGCUGAGUAUGGUGGCCUUGGAGGGAAAGCAGUUUAUAUUGAUACAGAAGGAAGUUUUAUGGUGGAACGUGUUCUACAAAUUGCGGAGGCAUGUGCUCAAGACAUGCUAGAAUAUAACACCUUGCUGCGAAGGGAUUCUCAAGCCUGUUUAGUAGAUAAACAGCCAAAGUCUUUUCUUGAUAACAUAUUCUACUUCCGUGUAUGCACUUACACAGAGCAAAUCGCUGUGAUAAAUUACUUGGAGAAGUUUCUCUCUGAGCAUAAAGAUGUUAAGGUUGUCAUUGUUGACAGCAUCACUUUCCACUUCCGUCAAGAUUUCGAGGAUAUGGCACUCAGGACUCGAUUACUCAGUGGAAUGGCACUAAAACUGAUGAAACUUGCAAAGAAGUUUAAUUUGGCUGUCGUUCUAUUAAAUCAAGUAACCAAUAAGUUCGUGGAAGGCUCAUUUCAGCUAACUCUCGCUCUUGGCGACAGCUGGGCACAUGCUGCUACGAACCGGAUCAUACUGUACUGGAAUGGCAAUGAGAGACAUGCAUUUAUUGAUAAAUCACCUUCUUUACCAUCAGCUUCAUCUCCUUACACCGUAACAGGACGAGGUAUCCGAAACUCAACUUCAAACUGUAAAAGAGUGAAACUGAUGUAGCUUUUGGUUAGAGAAUAAGCUGUAGAGGUUCUGUUUUCUUGGAUGGUUAAUCAAUAAACAGCCUGCUAAGCUAAGCAUCAUUGAACCUCCAUUUUUCCGCAUGCUUUGUUAUGGUAAUGCAUAACGCCCAGCCUCAUUGCUUGCUUCGCUGCUUGUUGCUUAUUUGGGUUCGAUACCUACUUUUUGGGUAGUCUAGUUUUUGGUUCGUGAGGUUAAACCAGUUUAGUCACAGUGAUGGUGGAUCUAGGUUUUUGUCUGGAUUUUUUCUGUCUUGGGAUGUCCGGGGUCGCUGUCAUAAGCACGCACGUAAUGUCGACCUAGUGGUGUUGGUGGGAGUCGAACCCUUUACCUCCUAGUCUUAUCUUCAUGCAGAACUUACCAAAUGUGUAACAAAACUAAACUGUCAUUUUUUCAAAGAAAAUGGCUUUUUUGACCAGCCAUUAAUUUAAGCAAAAGAAAAAGUGCUAGUAUUGCUGCUGCUAUUAGAAGUUAGGUUGCACCUACCUCUGAUAAGAACCCCAAUUCAUUUAAAGAGUGUGUUUGUUGAUGAAUAAAAAAUGAGUAAAUAUAGAACAAAGAAAAUUUGAUCACCUACAAAUUUUUGACUAAUUUUACUUUGAACUUAGACUAUAGUAUUACUUUCCAUCAAUCUUUUCAUCCUUAAAAUAAUUUAAAAAGUAAAACUAACAUUUGCAAGAUAAGCCUACCUAUCUACUUUUAAUAAAUUAUAUGAGUACCAUUUCAAAGGGAGAGAUUUCGGUAUAUGUAUCCCAAGCGGUCUAUUCCACCAUGCUAUCAUUAUUUAUUUCUGCUAUAUUAUUCAUGCCUAAGAAUCUACGAGAUUACUAUAGCUUAUCCUAUAGUUGACUUCUAAUUAAACUAGAAUCGUGAGAGCUCUUGAUGUGAUUUGAUAGUUGGAUUAAAUUUAUCAAAAAGUAAUUUGCUAUAUAAAACACCUUUUAAAGUUGGAUGUGCUGAACUAUUAUAACCAUUAUUUCAGCAUUCCUACUUACCUAAAAGAACAAAGCAAAUUCCACUAGAUUAAUCAUGUAAAAUAAUUAUACUACGAGUAUUAUUUAUAAAAGUAAAUAGUUGUAUACCAUUCCAUAGAUUAAUCAUGUAAAAUAAUUAUUCUACGAGUACCAUAUUUUACUACGCGCGCACUAGAUUCGAACCAGUAUUUAAGAUGGAAGGGUAAUCAUCAUUUAAAGAUUAAUCCCUUAAUUCAAAGAUUAAUGCCUCGUUAAAGUAAUACUAGUAAUUUAUAUUAAUUCUAACCAUACAAAGCAUAAAGAGAUCUUUACUUUAUGCUUAUAAUAUUCUUCCUCCCUUUUUGUAUUUUUUUGGACAACAUGCAUUAUAUUAUUGUUUAAUUUUAGAAAUUUACACUCACACAAUAUGAUUUAAAGCAUUUGACAUAAGAGAACAAAUAAAUCAUUUUUUGUAAUUAGUAUAAAAAAUCUGUAACUCCUUCCCUUAGAGUGUCCACUAUGGUAGGACGCGGCUAUAGCCGCAUCUGGGGGCGCUGGGCGGGCGGCUAUAGCGGGGAAGGUGGGCGCACAACAUUUGGGGGUUAUUGGGGCGGCGGACGCGGGAUAGCCGCGUUCGGGGCGAGGACGCGGCUGGAGAAAAUGUAGAAUUUUGUAUUUGGAAUUUGGGGGCUAUUGGAGGUGUCCACUAUAGUGGCGGAAAUAGAAUUUUAGAGCUGUGAACAAUAAAAUUAGGACUAUGGAUAAAAACUGGGGCAGGGCUAUUGGGCGUGUCCGCCUUAUAGUGAAUACCCUUACAAAUCAACUAUUCUUAGACCUUUAAGGCCUAUUAUGCUAUAAACAUAGGUUGUGCUGAUAAAUCAUAAUUGUACUGUCUAAAUUCCUCUGGGGUAACUAACUAACAUAAACACAC